UUUCCGAGUGUGCCAUAAAUGGAUCUCACCUGCUUGGCUUGUGGUAUACCCUGUUUUGUGACUGUUGUGGAUCAUAUGGAAUUUGACCACCCUGUAUUUGAUGGGACUCACUUUUAGCUUGUAGCACAAUCAUGUUUUGGCCUUGACUUUUGUUGAUAUGAGAACGAUACCGCAGAAAGACUUUUGACCAAGAUGAAACCCAACUUGAGUUUGUAUUGGAUUGAGUCUCCGGCACAACUUUUCCUGCGUGGUGUUGAGUAAUAUUUACCGCCCGAAAUAGUUUGCCAUGUGUCACAUCCUAAACCAUAAUCAUAAAUAAACUUUUUUAUAGAUUUUUUGGUUAUAUGAUGUGGGUGAUGAGUGGUCUUGAUAUUGUCAUUUGUAGGGGCUAAUUGGUAGUUGAAGUAGAGAGUAAUGGGAGAUGAAGUGAUGGUUUUUUGGGGACUGCCCACAUUAAGGCUUAGUGUAACUGCUCUAAUGCUAGAAGACUCCUUAAUACACCUCUUAAUCUCAUUCAGCCUCUUCAGCACCAAGAGAAGAUUAAAAUAAAAAUAAAAAAAUCUUUUUCUUCCCAACCUUUCGUCUUCCCUGCAGAGAGAUAGAAACAAAAACAAAGAGAGCGAAGAAACAUAAGAUAAUCAAUCUUGAAAGAAUGACAGCCCGCAAUCGUAAAUUGAGCCUCGAAUAUACUGGUAUCCUCAUGAGCAUGCAAUAGAAAGAUUGUCGUAUGGGGUUUGUUUUCCUCAGGGAUGUGAAUCUCCAAGUUAUGAGUACAACUUUGAUUGGAAUUUGGAUAAUCUCCGUCACAAUUUUGUUGUUAAAAGAGAAGUGAUCAUAAAUCAAGCAGCCCCCUCUGGAAUUGAUCAUGCUUUCUUCGAGAUUAACCCCAUUGAAACACUAGAUAAGUAGCGGUGGUGGAGGCAGUGAUGGUGAUGAUGUCAAGAUGAGUGAAGGUGAUGCUCAUAAGGAAAGUGAAACUGACGCAUGUUAUGAGGAUGAUCAUGCAAAAGCUAAAGGCAAGGCACCCAUGGAUACUGAUACUGAGACUCAUACCAAUCCAAAUAAACCCACCAUGAAGACUAGUCAAGGUUUUGAUGAUGAUCGAUGGAAGUUGUAUGUUGUGCAUCCACAAUUUGGUGCAUUUGUGGUUCAUGAGGGGGUGGCCUUUGUCGCUGAUCGUUUUUUGGUGGUCUGGGUUGGUCGAUUCGGAUUCAUGUCCAUCACCAUGCCAGCAAAUGUGAGCCAGUUUGUGUGGAUACUUGUUAUGCAGCCUUGGAAUUAUGAUGCACCAAUGCAUUUCUCUGUACUUGAUGCCCUAUGUCCAACUGUAGCUGGUAUUAAACAUGAGGUUUUUGGUGUUAAACUGGUUGCUACCCAGUUAAUGAGUUGGCAAAUCCUAUUAAUCCCGACAAUCCAAAAUGCAAUGGCCAAUAUGAUAGGUGAUAUUGUUCUUGCACAAAUCGCUCAAGUUCCACCCCGAGCACAAGCACGAACACAACGCACUCUAGUCCGACCAUCUCCAGCCCGAGCCACUAGGAGUCGAACCCGGAGCGUUAGCCAGAGAACUUGAAGUUAGACGAGCCGGUGAGGUGUUGAGGUAACCAAUGAAUCGGUACUUGUCGGACUUCAUAUUUUGAAUGUUGAAUCUCAUCACUAAUCUUGGUAAGUUUGGGUUAUGGGGGAUAUUAAGGAUAAUCUAAUAUAUUGGGUUAUGAUGGACAUC